UGCCAGUCGGCCGACUAAGAAGAGAACCGGAGUAUUAACAACGCAUUACGCCGCCGCUGAGGCUAGAAAGCUCGAAGACGACAGGCGAUUCGGCGCCCAGUGAAAAGCCAGCAGCCAGUCCGGGACACCACCCUUUCCAACUCCGAUUAUCUCUCAGGCAAAAUCCACUCCCUCUCUUGAGGUAUAUCAUCAUGGAAGUUGAAGAUUCAGGUAUGUUCAACACCACUCUCUAACUUGGUCGCUUGCAGAGCCAAUUGCCAAUUGGGGGAUGUUGGAAGGUGUGAUUCCGCUCGGCUCUGGGCUCUCGCAGGCUCGCGGAACCUGGACUCCUCCUUCGCAAAGCACACCUCAAUAAACGUUCGAUUGCGUAUGCAAUAGCCAAUAGGCGUACGCUUCAGCUACAAUUGCACAAGUUUAUAUAUUGCUAAAAAUGAGAUACACCUCCCAUCGUAAAUAAGAGAAGAAUGCCAAGGGAUGCCUUGAGGCGCUUAUAAGAAGGCUGUCAGUAUGGAUGAGCAACAGGAGGCGGAAAGAUUUGGAAUGGAAAAUGAUUUUGAGGGUGGUCGGUGGAUUGAUGGUGAGUAUUACUACAGGGCCCGCAAGGAAAAAUCGGUGCAGACCAAGGAUGAUGUUCUUUAUGGUGUUUUUGCUUCUGGAGAUAGCGAUUCAGACUAUGAGGGGUCAGGAUUAGGCUCCUCGAAGAAGCGGAGGAAAGAACUUUCGAAGAAGCCAGACCUUACCAAACCUGUUAAUUUCGUCUCCACAGGCAGUGUAAUGCCCAACCAGGAAAUUGAUCGAAAGCAUAAGGAGGGCAUAAAAUUAGAGGAUGUUGAUGAUAGGCCGCCAGUUCUGGGGGUAGGAGCAUCUUCUUCUGCCAUUGGAUUUGGUUCAAAGACUAUUCGUGAGGAUGUAGAUAGUAGAGAUCUUGAGAACUUUCUACCAUCUGCUUUUGGGAAGAUGAUCCAAAAAGGUGCCUUGUUGAGGAAGGAAAAGGAAAAAGAGAAGUCAAUGCAACUAAAAAAUGCAUCUCAUACCGGAGGGAGAAGAGAAACAGAUGCUGGUGAUGUUGGUGCAUUUGAGAAGCACACUAAAGGAAUUGGGAUGAAGUUGCUUGAAAAGAUGGGCUAUAAGGGAGGUGGCCUUGGGAAGGACGAACAGGGUAUCACUGCCCCCAUCGAAGCAAAGCUGCGGCCAAAGAAUAUGGGUAUGGGUUUCAAUGACUACAAAGAGGCUGCUGUGCCAAAACUUCAAGAAUCAGAAGUAAAAUCCUCCCCGCAGCCUGUGGAGAUGUUGAAAAGCCACCCAAAAGAGAAGCCUUGGCUAAAGAAAGCUUCAAAAAAGAAGUUUUAUAUAACCGCAGAAGAGUUACUGGCUAAGAAGCAAGAGCAGGGACUUGAAGUUGUUCAAAAGGUGUUUGACAUGAGAGGUCCACAAGUUCGAGUUCUGACAAACCUGGAGAACCUAAAUGCUGAAGAGAAAGCAAUGGAAAAUGAUAUUCCUAUGCCCGAACUUCAGCACAAUGUCAGAUUGAUUGUAGAUUUAGCUGAACUCGACAUACAAAAAAUUGAUCAAGAUUUGAGAAAUGAGAGGGGGAAGGUGGUUGCUUUACAGAAGGAGAAGGAGAAACUCCAAUCUGAGGCAGUCUUCCAGAAAAACCAGCUUGAAAAUAUGGAAUUUAUAGUGAGUGAGUUGGAUCGGAUGGAUGGAGAAAGUAAAGUCGGCACAUUGACUCUUGACUCACUUAUGAAGUCAUUUCUGUAUCUGCAACAGCGGUAUGCUGAUGAUUAUAAACUCUGCAAUUUGUCAUCCAUAGCAUGCUCAUAUGCUCUCCCUCUGUUUAUUCGAGUGUUUCAGGGAUGGAACCCACUUCAAAACCCUACUCAUGGAUUAGAGGUUUUUUCGUUGUGGAAGGAUCUGUUGCAAGAUAAUUCUUUUGGCUACUCUGAUAUGGCAUCUCCUUACACACAGCUGUUUAUGGAAGUAGUUUUUCCUGCUGUGAAAAUAUCUGGGACCAACACUUGGCAGGCAAGAGACCCAGAACCCAUGCUCCGGUUUUUGGAAUCCUGGGAAAAGCUGUUUCCUCCUGUAGUUCUUCAUGCCAUUCUUGAUAAUGUUGUUUUGCCCAAGUUAUCAGCUGCUGUUGACUCAUGGGAUCCACGCCGGGAGACAAUCCCAAUUCACUCCUGGAUUCAUCCAUGGCUGCCUUUGUUGGGACAAAAGCUGGAGAAGUGCUAUCACACGAUACGUUACAGAUUGGAAAGUGUACUUCAUGCCUGGCACCCAAGUGAUAUGUCUGCAUACUACAUACUGUCACCUUGGAAGACUGUAUUUGAUCCAAACAGUUGGGAAAAACUCAUGGUCAGAUUCAUUGUCCCAAAGUUGAUGGCUGUCAUGCAUGAAUUCCAAGUAAACCCAGCAAAUCAGAACCUUGAUCAGUUUUACUGGGUACGGACAUGGGCUACUGAUGUUCCAAUUCAUCACAUGGUUCAACUUUUUGACAUCUUCUUCAACAAGUGGCUAGAAGUUCUGUACCAUUGGUUGUGUUCAAGCCCAAACUUUGAAGAAGUUACCAAAUGGUUUUUAGGUUGGAAGGAAAUUUUGCCUCCUGAAGUUGUUGCAGAUGAACAUAUACGGGAUAGGAUUAAUGUUGGUCUGGGUAUGAUGAGCCAGGCAGCUGAAGGCUUGGAAGUGAUACAACCAGGUUUAAGAGAGAAUAUAAGUUAUCUCAGAGUGCUGGAACAAAGGCAGUUUGAGGCACAAAAAAAGGCUGCUGCAGCUCAAGCUCAACAACAUGCUUCUGCAAACUUAAGCGGUGGAUUCCAUGGGGAGGGUAUAGGCAGUGAAAAUGUGAUGAGCUUGAAAGAAGUAAUUGAAAUUCAUGCACAACAGAAUGGUUUGCUAUUCCUGCCAAAGCCAGGGAGGAUGCAAGAUGGCCUCCAAAUAUAUGGCUUUGGGAACAUUAGCAUAGUAGUAGACACUGUGAACCAAAAGAUAUUUGCUCAAGUUGAUGAUAAAUGGUCACCGGUGUCUCUUGAACGGCUUUUGGAGCUGCAUAGUCGAUGUGGGUUAAAGGGACGAUAAGUAAAAAUUGCAUUUUUUUGCAAUUGCUAAAAUACUUUGUUUUCACAGGCUUUUUUGAUAUCUUGUGCAUCUCUAUGUAAACUCAAUUUCCAAUUGAUAUCCGAAUAUCAAAUGCUUAUCUUCAC